UUGUAACACGAGUUUAAAUUGGCCAAGCCAGUUUCUGUUUACCAAGCUACACGGACACGCGGAUAGCUUUCGACUUUUGUUCCGUAAACAGAUGAAAGGACACCCUCUGAAAAAGUGCUAAUGUAAGAGUUUAAGUUCGCGAAGGGGAACAUUUUACCCGCACGUGAGCAUAGUUCUCUAGUGUGGACAAAAGCAAGAUGCCGUCCCAGGUUCGUGACUACGAAGUGCUGCACACCAUUGGGUCCGGUUCUUACGGAAGAUGUCAGAAAAUAAGGCGGAAGUGUGACGGCAAAGUUCUGGUGUGGAAGGAGCUGGAUUACGGCACGAUGGCCGAGAGCGAGAAGCAGAUGCUGGUGUCGGAGGUCAACCUCCUCAGGGAGUUGAAGCACCCCAACAUCGUGAGAUACUACGACCGCAUCAUCGACCGCACCAACACCACACUGUACAUCGUCAUGGAGUACUGCGAGGGUGGCGACCUGGCCAGCCUCAUAGCCCGAUGCAUCAGGGAAAGACGUCAUUUGGACGAGAAGUUCAUCGUGCGCGUCACGGCGCAGCUGGCGUUGGCGCUGAAGGAGUGCCACAGGCGGAGCGACGCCGGCCCCACCGUCCUCCACCGCGACCUGAAACCGGCCAACAUUUUCCUGGACGUCAAGCGCAACGUGAAGCUGGGCGACUUCGGCCUGGCCCGGAUCCUCAACCACGACACCAGCUUCGCCAAGACCUUCGUCGGAACGCCGUACUACAUGUCUCCUGAGCAAAUGAACCAGAUGUCGUACAACGAAAAGUCCGAUAUCUGGUCUCUGGGCUGUUUGCUGUACGAACUUUGUGCCCUAUCCCCCCCCUUUACCGCCUCCAACCCAAAAGAGCUGGCCGUCAAGAUCCGAGAGGGCAAAUUCAACAGAAUCCCGCAGCGGUACUCCGAAGAGAUAAAUGCCCUCCUCAAGAAAAUGCUCAACGUCAAGGACUACAUGCGGCCGUCGGUGGAGUCCAUCCUGCGGAGCGCCUUGCUGGCCGAAGCGGUCAGGAAAGAGCAGAGGGAGGCGCGGCGGCAGCUUCGGAGGCGGUCGGCAGCCUCCGACGGCGCCGCCGCCGAAAAGCCCGCAGAAGCGUCGGCCUCCGCGGAGGAGCUCAAACUCCGAGAGCGGGCGCUGCGAGAGCGCGAAAAGGCGCUGGAGGAACGCGCCGAGAUGCUAGAACGACGGGAAUAUGAGAUGUGCGUGCGCGAACGCCUUGCAGCAGAGAAGCUAUUGAGAGCGGAGAGUUUAUUAAAGAAAUUCCACAUGGAACAUCUCAGGGAGCAGAACCCGCUUCACAAUCAAAGCAUAGAGGACAAGAAGAGGGUCCGUUUUGGAGGCGCCAACAAGGAGAACAGCCACCUGAAUCGCUCCGCGACGAUGCCGCCGUGUGACGACUUAGUCAGUCGACACGUUCAAGUCCUGACUGAGGUGGAAAAGGCCUGUCAAAUCCUCGGAGUCCGCAUCUGACUGCUGUGUUGUGACUGUGUGGAAAAUUGAGAUUUUUUUCCGUCUGCGUGUGUAAUUUAUAAGACUGAGUGCGGAUGAUAUUCACAAUAUAUUGGAGAAGUCUCAAAAAAUGGAUAGAAAAUACAAUACAUGCCCAAAAAUCAGGGCAUUAAUACCAUCCAAGCAAUACAGUUAUUAUAACGGCACCAAAAGCUAAUGCUGUGACCCUGAGAGCUAUUAGAAAUUAAAGAUGAAAAUGUAGCGAAGUGAUUAAUAGAAAUUUAAAAUAAAUCUAAAUUACCAUAGCAACGACAGUAAAAUGACCCAAAUGUGCCACAAGAGUUCGCUCGUUUUCCAAAAGCCUAAUUUCCCUUCCUAAAUCUGCCACACGGUGUCGCCAGUUCACCAUAAUGAUCUGUUUCACAUCAAUAGUGCUUAUUGGCACUUUAAAUGUAAUUUUGAAAAAAAUAAAGCAAGACUUUCAAUCGUGUAUUAUACUAGAGUAAAUUUCCUGGCAACCUAUUGAUGAAUCCCUCUUUUUUUUUUUAGAUUACACUGAGUGGAAUAAAAAUAAAUGAACAAAUAAAAAAAGAUGGACACCCUCAAACGUCUGCCAGCAUGUUGUAGCGUCGUAUGAAUACCCAGAAUGCCGAGCGGCUGAGCGAAUAAUUUGUAAAGUGUUAUAUAAACUGUGUGUUCUUGUUGGGGUCAGUUAUCCCUGAUAAUGUGUUCAUAAGCAUUUUUUGUGUGUUCAUUUCCCCACUUGUUGCUGUUUUGUUACGUUUCCGCCAUGAGUCAGACAGUCGGAUCGUGACCCUGAUCGACUUUUCAAACCGAGUGACUGAUGUAACUAUUUAUUAUUUUAUUGAAGCCAUAUCGCCACUUUUGAGCCGUCUCUGUGACUCACCGUCGGCGCAAAGUAUGACUUUUGGUAACAGGGGACUUGGAAACGAAAUCAAUGUCUGCGUGCGUGACGUCAUCGUAUCGAAACAGUCACGUGCAACCGAUGCACACAUUCAAAGGACCCUUUUUUA